UGAAUGGAGCUUGGGGCAUAUAGUGGAUGUGAUUUUGCCUCGGGUUCAAGCUGCAUUAUCUUUGUGUUAAGAACUCUUGUCAAUUAGCUAUGGAAGUGGAUUAUCUAUGUCUAGUCGAGCGUAAAAAGGAGAAAAAACAACUGGUGACCUUUGCUAUAAUCUAUUAUGGAGGAUUGUUCCUUUAUGUUUAAGUGAAUGUAAUUGUACUGUUUUACUAUUAUAUAUCCUGUUGUUUGGUUGAAGAUUAAAGGAGAUAUUUGUAUUCCUUGCAUUGGUUGAUUCUUGAGACGAGACAGGCGUGUGGUUUGACCUUGUAGCUAUGAUGUUCGGACUCUCAAAAAAUGACUUAUUAAUGCAUGUGUGUUGAGGAUCUGAAAUGGAUACGACGAAGUCUCAGUAAGUAGAGUACCAUGAAUGAUGCGUCUGGUAGAUAUAGUUUUAAUUUAAUGAAUCGUUCCAAGAAAAUUCCUGAGCCGGGGGUUUAUCGGAAACAACCUCUCUACUUCUUCGGAGGUAGUGGCAUGAACUGAGUGUAUUUUACCCUCCUCAGACGACCUCACUAUGUGGGAAUACACUGAAUAUGUUAUGUUGUUGUUGUUGAUUCAAAAAAUGUACUGUUCAACAUAAUUAAGCCUAUGGUAAGUUGGAACCAAUUAAGCGUUUUGGACUUUUGGUAAGUUGGAACCAUAAGAUAAAAAAAGCAGAAAAAUGAAUGGUUGAUUAUGCAAUGAACAACAUAUAGUUACCAAGCUCGUAGGUAGUGCCACCAUGGUAUAAUAUGGUAUGAUAAUUGAAAUUUUGGUAUGGUAAUUUUGAUAUUCAAUCUUUAAACAUACUAUACCAUUACCAUUAUCAAAUUAAAAGUGUGAAGACCCUUUAAAAAGUGAUUUGAACUUUUUGUUGUUCGUUAUAAGUCUGAUUUUAGAUAAAAUCGUCUUUUUACUAUUACAACAUCGAAGAAGAACGUCAUGUUCCCCACAGAGGAGUAGUUUAUUUUCCAAAUCCCGGGGAUAUAGAGUGCCGAAACAAGUAUGUGCACCAGAUCAAGGAGAGCGAGGGAUUUGACAUUAAAGAUUAUCCGAGAUCGGUUCCAUUCCGUUCCAUAUACCCCAUGUGGAACUAUUGAAUUGAUGGAGGGUUAUGCAGCACAGGCACUUGAGCAGUACAACAAAGAAAAUGACACUACAUAUGAGGUCGAUCAGAUUCUCAGGCGCAGCAUAUACUCAAUCCACUAUAUAACCCUUACGGUCAAGAAUGGCGUGGAGGAAUAUUUUCAAGUUAAGGCGGUGCAACGUCUAGGGAUCCCAAUCGUCAGGCCAAAGGUGAAGGGUAGUUCAGACAUAUAGUGGAUGUGAAGUCUGCGCCUGGUUUUGGUUUGUGUUCAAUCUUCAGCUUUGCCUUAACAGCUCUUGUCGAUGUUGGACACUGCUAUUAGUAAAUUGCCUUCUUCUUAGUUAGUUAGUUAGUUUGUCGUCAUGGUCUAGUUGUUAGUAACUGAAAGUGGAUUAUCUAAGUCUAGUCUAAAAAGGAGAAAGAACAAUUGUGUCUGAUCUUUAAUAUAAUUUGUGUAAGAUUGUUCUUUUAAGUUCAGUUUUAUUAUCCUA